CCAUUCUUCCUGUAAAUUGAAAUUCUGUUUCAGGUUAUCCUGUAAAUUCAUCCGAAAAUGAAUUCCCGAUUACAGAAAGAAAAGGAAAAAAAGAAUCAGGAUAAAUAUCAAGCUAUACUGACAAGACUUUUACGGGAAGAAGAUAACAAAUAUUGUGCUGACUGUGAUGCCAAAGGGCCGCGAUGGACCUCUUGGAAUCUUGGACUUUUUGUAUGUAUAAGAUGUGCUGGUAUUCAUCGUAAUCUAGGUGUACAUAUAUCUAAAGUGAAAUCGGUUAAUUUAGACUCCUGGACUGGGGAUCAAGUUUGUAGUAUGGAAAAUGUUGGUAACAGAAAAGCCAGGGAAGUCUAUGAAGCCAAUUUACCUCAGCCUUUCAGAAGGCCUCAGUCAGAUUCCUCUCUGGAGCAUUUUAUAAGAUGCAAGUACGAGAAAAAACAGUACAUGGAUAAAUCGUACGUCCCCAAACCGAUCACGACGGAAGCCAGCGCUGCUAGUCCCGCUAAAAAUACUAGCACUUUAGUUUCUGUGAAACAUGAUGAUAAACUUGAUGAAUCUGAGAAAGACAGGAAGAAACGGGAAAGAAGAGCGAGGUCAUCGUCAAUAACAUUACCAAAGCCAGCAGAGGAAGUGUCGUGA